GAGGAUUUAUUUACCGCUAUAUAAUCAUGGUAAUCCAUGGCAACAUAUAACUACCAUGACAAGUUUUUCAUAUCACUUCUUGAUGUUGUUGCCUAUUUCAUUCAAUUACAUAACACUUAGCUUAGCCAAUAGUCAUUGCAGCGGUUAUAACCAAGACGAUUUCAUUGCAACCCAAAUGUACAAUUACGUGUAUAUUUUUGGUAUGUUCUUUGUUACUUGUCAACAAAUAUAUACCUGCGGUGCAAUUUUCUCACUGCUUCAACAAUGCCCUACUAGAAAAUACUAAAAGUCACAUUAAUGCUCAGUAAACGCUCUUGACUUUAAUGCUCCAUUAUGUCUAAUUUUUGUAAUUGCUACUAAUUAUAAAUUUUUUGGAAUACUGAAAUAUGCCGAAUAAAAACUCUUUAUUUUCGUAAAAGAGUCUUGGAAUCAUGCAUACUCAUCAGCACAAAAGUAUUUCUAACAUAUGUGUUUAAGUAGUGACUUUAUUUCGCGGGCUAUAUCAAAUAAUUAUGGGCAAUGCAGUGCAUGCAUCCACUCCCAAGGAUGAUGUAUUUGCUGAGCCUGAACCAACAAAAUCGCAAGACAGUCCAAACGUCGAAGGCCCUGGAACUGUUGAGAACAUUCACAAUAAAGCCCAUGACAUAUUCCCCGUGCCUUUUGAGGGUGGUAGAUUAGUUGUUAAUAAAGGACUUUCCCCCAACUUCCAAGUUAACCACUCUCUUUCACUAAAUUCCGAUGAACAAUCUGGUUACCGUUUCGGUGUUACGUAUGUCGGGCACAACAAAGUUUCAGAUACGGAAAGUUAUCCGGUUUUGAUGGGUGAACUUCAGCCCAGUGGAAAUAUGCAGGCUCAAAUAAUUCACCGAAUGUUUCCUUCAAUAUAUGUUCGCUAUAUUGCUCAGCUUCAACGUCACCGCUUCGGUGGACAACAAGCUUGUGUAGAGUAUCGUAAGCCAAAAGUUCAAACGUCUUUAACUCUUAUCAAUCCUGAUGUUGGUCGUGGUCAGUGUAUGGUUGCGCUAGAUGUAAUGCGUCAAAUCACGAAACGAUUAGCUCUUGGAAGUGCUUUCUUUUACCAAUGCUCUCCACAGCUGCCUGCAGGGCAAGACGGCGUUUUUAGCUUUGGUGCAAAGUACACAUCUUCACAUUGGCAAGGUGCUGCAACUAUCCGACCAUGGCAGAAUUCACUUCACGGUAGUUUCCAUAUUCAAAUUGACGACAAUCUCCAGUUGGCAGCGGAGUUCGAAUCUAAUUAUCAACAACAAUCAAAUACUACCACUUUAGGUUACAAAUAUGAUAUUCCCAAGGCGAAUUUCACCUUCAAAGCACAAAUAGACUCCAACGGGAACAUAGCUUCCUCUUUCGAAAAAAAAUUAACUCCAUUUCCUUUCACAUUUUCUCUUUGUGCAAUGUGCAACCAAGUAAAAGCCAAAUACUCUUUUGGCAUUGGACUUAUGGUUGGUUAGGAUUUUAUGUUCUUGUUUUGUGCAUAUGCCCGACUUUCCCCCUCUGAAUGCACAAUCUAGCUACUAGAUAAUCUUCAAUUUUAUGUGACCUUGCUGAUCGUUUUUGUAAAUAGUCGAUUAUUUAUUCUAAUCUGUAAUCACUAGCUUGUAAUACAAGCCUUGAUUUUGCAGCGGUGUUCCUGAGUGAGAUCAUGCAUGUCAUAAUUCACAUUAGUCAGCCAGUCAUGUAUUAUGAAUAAAAUUAAUAUCUUUGUAAGUAGAUUUUCAGUUUUUCCUUAAUACUUUGGGGCUGGCUUGUCAUCAAUCUUCAAGAAUAGAAAUGUGAUUUGUAAAGUCAAAGGGAAACUAUAACUUUCAGUAUAUAGCAGUAAAGUUGGUCGUCUUGUUCUUCUGAUAACUCUUUAGGUUAAUUGUCAUAAAUUCCCAACAAAGCGGCAAAUAAUUUGUUGUUUUUAUGGAUCUAGUGUUCGAAUUGUGAUAUAAAGUCUACGUUUUACGGUUACAUUCAUCUGACCUAUAUCUUAUUGUUGGUAAAGCAAAUCAGGAAGCUUUGUCUUUAUAGCACGUGGGCUCAAAUCGCGGUAUUGUCUCUAUUUUCAUCACUAGAUUGAACUCGCCUGAACAACCAUGAUAAAUGUUAGCUUGUAUCAGCUGAUAAGUAGAUAUAUAUAAACCAGAUUUCAGCGGAGGAAGAAAUCAGGAAGA